GCGGGUCCGCGGCACGGCGCUGGAGAAGGAAGUGGUGUGGUUGUUGCUCCCUUUGCGCCCACCACUGGCUCCCUGGGCGUGCUGAGGGGCGGCUGUCUCCAAGACUGCGUCGCGGUCUUCUUGUACUCCCCUCCAUGUGCCCUGGCGCCGCCUCUCUCCUUCCUCAGGCCGCCGCUUACGCCGGGGUCUAUGGAAGUAAUGGAAGGACCCCUCAACCUGGCUCAUCAGCAGAGCAGACGAGCAGACCGUUUAUUAGCUGCAGGGAAAUACGAAGAGGCUAUUUCUUGCCACAAAAAGGCUGCGGCAUAUCUUUCUGAUGCUAUGAAGUUGACCCAGUCUGAACAGGCUCAUUUAUCACUGGAAUUGCAAAGGGAUAGCCACAUGAAACAGCUCCUCCUCAUCCAGGAGAGGUGGAAAAGGGCAAAGCGUGAAGAACGAUCAAAAGCUCAGAACAUAGACAAGGAUGUAGCUACCCAUCUUCAGGCAUCUCACAAAACCUCUGCUGAGGAUGCAGAGGGUCAGAGUCCCCUUCUUUCUCAGAAGUACAGCCCUUCCACAGAGAAACACCUCCCUGAAAUUCAGGGAGUCUUUGACAGGGAUCCAGACACACUACUAUUUUUACUUCAGCAAAAGAGUGAGCCAACAGAGCCAUGUAUUGGAAGCAAAGCCCCUAAGGAUGAUAAAACAAUUAUUGAAGAGCAAGCAACCAAAAUUGCAGAUUUGAAGAGGCAUGUGGAGUUCCUUGUGGCUGAGAAUGAAAGAUUAAGAAAAGAAAAUAAACAACUGAAGGCUGAAAAAGCCAGACUUCUAAAAGGUCCAGUGGAUAAGGAGCUGGAUAUGGAUGCUGACUUUGUAGAAAAGUCAGAGUUAUGGAGCUUGCCACCACAUUCAGACACUGCUACAGCUUCUUCAACCUGGCAGAAAUUUGCAGCAAAUACUGGGAAAGCCAAGGACAUUCCAAUACCGAAUCUUCCUCCCUUGGAUUUUCCAUCUCCAGAACUUCCGCUUAUGGAGCUCUCUGAGGAUUUUCUGAAAGGACUUAUGAAUAAUUAAAAUGGAAGGCCUUUGGAGAGAUCAAAAGAAGAAAUUUAGCAACACAGUUAAUCCGGAAAAGAAGAAAAAAAAAAAAAAAAAGGGAAAACCACAUCACCACAUACAAGGGUAAUUCCAGAUGUGCUGCACCAUCUGACUGACUGGCAGGAGCAGCGUUGUCAGGACAUGGGAAACAGUCACUGUGAAAUAUAUUGCAUAUCUGAUCUACCCACUCAAGCUAAUGAUUCCCCCUGGCAGACAGUAAACUCUUGGAGGUUCACUUUCUCCUGAUACCAAAUGGCUACCUGGAAUAAUUUUCUCAAGCACCAAUUAUUUUUCUUAUCUUCAGGGUUAAAAUGUAUAAAAAUAAGUAUAAUUAAUCUAUAAUGCCAUAAAUGAUAAUGUAAAACCUAAAUAAUAUGGUGGCCUGAGGGGCUGCCUUGUAUAUGAAACAUGCUUUCUAUCAUGCAUUUACUGUAUGCAUUUUGUUAUGCACAUUUUGUUUAAGGUGUGUAAGAUGUACACCUAUCUAGAUGAAACUAUAUGUGCCACAUUUUGCACUACUUAUAAUGAUAACCUCAAGACUAUCAGGAGAAAUAUUUAAAUUUCCAUUUUAUGAAGAAAGAAACCAAAUUAUUAGUUAUGCUUUUAAAAAAAAUUACCAGUUUACAUAAUUAAUCAGGGUGCAUUUUACGUUCUAACUUUGUUACAUAAUGCAUCAUUUAAAAAUAUUAAGGAAAGAUCCUUUGUUUUUAAUGAUGCAUGAGGAAGUAACGCUAGUUGGCAGUAUUUGAUUGUAAGAGAUCAAUAAAGUAAUUGUGUUUUAUACCUU